GCUACCCGUUGCUAUGUCAUCGGCGCCUGACGCUUUCAGCUGAUUGAACCAUUUUCUGUUUCAUUGUUUACAGCAGACAGGUACCUGUACACUAGCAUACACUAGCUACAUGUAUGCAGCUAAUACGUGAGUUAAAGGUCUCCCCACAUGAUAUAAGCCCCUUGUUCCUUGCCGUUCCUUGUCGAACGAUAGAUCCAAACUCUUUAUUGUUGUCUUCAUCAAAUCUUAUUGUUUUAGGCUCGCAAAGGUCGACAGCUUAAGACAAGCUCGAAAUUACCUUACCUUACCUACCUCCUACCUCUCUAUAUCCUACCGUAAACAAUAAAAUAGACAGCAUGGCCGACGAAAACAAGGAGCAGCAGCAGCCUUCAGUCGACGAGACUCCCAUUUCCCCUAUUCGCCCGAACGGUGAGAGGAGGAACUCACUCGAACAACACUUGAAGCAGCGUCCUGACCGCUCCGAGCUUAUCGAGAGGAAUAUCUUGCCUGCUUCGAAUGUCGCCCCUGGCCUCCAGGAAAAGCAGAGGGAGCUCGCAAGACACAUGCGCGCCGACUCGCUCAACGACAAGAUCUCCCACCGACCUCCUCCUGAGAAACUAAUUAAGGAUGGUGUACUUCACGAAGACCCCCGAUCGCCCGAGGAGAAAUACCAAGAGGCCAUCGAGGAGGAAUAUGCCAAACGCGAGGGCGGUGCUUAAAUGAAUGAAACGGGUUUGCUGGUCGUGAUACUCCUGGAUUGCUAUGAUGAUUUGAUAAAUGCUAUCGGUUGAUAUCGAGUACUAUAUGGGUGGAAGCUUGCUGUGAAUUCAUGUGAAAUCUAAUAAAAUAUAACCACAAAUAUAUUAUUAUGCGAGAUGGAAA